GUGAUAGACCGGCGUUUUAACCGCUCGGCCAUCCUUGCUCCCCCUUCGCAUUGUGCGWAGAUUAAUUUAGGUCCCCUCCCCUACGGCUCCGUCUCUACCUCAACCCCCUCGCUCACCCCUCCCCCUCUCACAGCGACGAAGCUGGAUACGCCCUUGAUUAAUAGCUUAUAGAUUUUUUAGCCACUUGCCGCGUUUUUUUCAGAUUUCUACUCGAUUCUCGAAAUUUCCUUUUGUGUGUGUGUGAGUCCAACGACAGUCGGAGUCUGAGGCAAGUCUAUCAAUGUUAGAAAAUAGUUCUCAUCUGAGUCACAGUAAAAACCAGGAAGGGUGUCCAGGAAGUAUAAGAUUAGAUGGAUUAUAGUCAACCAAUAGUACGCCWCAAGAUUCCUAGAUUGGACAAUAAACAUUCCCGAAAUAUUUMUARGCGGCCACGGUUUUUCGAUUCGCACUGUAAGAGUAAAAUGUCUGAACUAGAACUUUAAAAAUUUAUCAAUUUAUUGGCUGCGCAAGUUUUUCGAACAUACGACUAGACUGAAGUUAUCCGGUGAAAUCCGGUGAUACAUCGAGAGAUCUGGGACUAACAUUCGAGACGUGUCCCGGAUGUAAACCAAAACGAAGAUGGCGGAUGCUUUGAAGUGGUGAAGCUGAAGGAAGAUUUACAACAUGAAGGAAUUUGAGGUGUUCACUUAAAAUGUACCAAGAAUACAACGGCAAUGACCACCGGAGAUACCAUAGAGACUCUCGUGAGACAUCUCAGGCAUCAUAUUAUGAAUCAAGCGUGCAUUUUCGAGAACCAAGACCAAGAGAUGCGUACUCAUCUUCUUCUUCAUCUGACGAAGACGAAUCAUACGAGGAACCRCCAUGGGCUGGACAGGUAAAUGAGAAAGGAGACUUAUUCUACAUUGAGCCACUAAGAGAUCCCUCCCCUCCCCCCCUCAAUGACAUUGACAGUCUUCAAAUCACUGGAAACUCUGGRAAGGAGAAGAACAAAGAUGUUUUUAAGAAACUGAAUAAUGUAAAGAAAAUUCUACCAAAUUUGAAAAGAGAGAAAAAUAAUGAGAAAAAGACAGAUGAGAAAAACUUGAAAAAUAGUUCAACAGUGGAUGGGAAUGAAAUGMCAAAAGGACAUGACAAGGCUAGAACAAGUCGAAGUAUCAAAAAAGACAUCCAUGUUAUUGUUACACCACCGAAACUUGGAACAGGACGCCAUCAAGACCUGGAAACUCUACUUGGGAUCAUUCCUGGACGUGAUAAAACAGGAAGGCUUUCUCAGAAUGAUAGUUAYUCAGGGUGUAGGAUUUAUAUAAAAGGMUUUGUACCUGAUGGAGCUGCGUUAAAAUGUGGACAACUUAGAAUAGGUGAUAUUAUUCUAUCACUUAAUAAGUUGGAUCUUAACUCCAGUAAUGUUCAUACCAUAUUGGCAGCCAUUACAGGACCCAUGGAGAUCAUCCUUACSAUCCAAAGAUCUCAGCAUCCACCUAAACCAGCCAAUUCCUCAAGUCAACCAUCUCAUGAUGACAGUCACUUAAUUAAACUGAUUAGUGGUCCUCCAAGUAGUACUAUGAAAACUGAUUUAAGAGGAUUGCCACAUGCUGUAUUCUACCUUAGCAUGACAAGCAGUGAAGAUGAUGAACCUAAUAAGGACAUUCUCUACCAAAGUCCAUUGUCUGAUGAAGCAAAUCARUUGCUGGCUUUAAGGGGUGUGUUUCUAACUUUAAGUGACCUGUUAGUAUCUGUCACUGGUACCACACCUCAAAGCUCAACUAUUAUGAUUCAAAAGAAGUUAGUUAAUGUUGGUUAUCACAAGACAGGCAAGCAGCAAGUCAUGAUAGUCUGUUUGCCRUCAGACAAAGUGUCACUUCUACAUCUGCACAAACUUAUGUCUGAUAUCACAAGAGUACUUAAUCUCAUAUUUGGAUCUGUUGAAAGRGCAUUUUGUGGAAGAGGAAACAAGUCAAGACUAGAUCAUUUCUUCUCACUKUUGUUUGAAAGUCUUUUGUCGACAAAGAAAGAAMGAAACACUAAUUGCUUGUUUGACUGUUUAUCUGGAGUACAAUGGCUGAAUCUUCCAACUACUACUAUGGUUAAUGUGAAUUGUUGCCUAAGUGACUUGGAGGCGGCAGACUAUGGUGAACUUGUAGAUGAAUUAUUUCAAAUUAGAAGAUUAUACACAAUUUUAGGAUCUUGCAUAUUUUAUAAGGGUAUGCUGUUAGCAAAUCAUUUAAUUUCAGAGGAUUUUCAAGAUAUUUUAUUAUAUUGUAAAUAUUAUUGUUUAUUGGAUGUGGGACAAAAACAGAGAAUAGGACAACUUGUUGUGUGGAAAGAGAUUUUCCUUACAAGAAGGCAUAAAAGAGACAACAGGACAGAAUAUAGGGAACCUGGAGGAAGACAUUUUGUUCUCAUUGUAGGGCAGAAACAUAUGCUUCUCUGUGUCCUGCUAGAARCUGGAGGGGCUGCCAGAAAAGCUGAGGGAUACCCCAAGCCUGACUCAUACUAUGUGGAACAGCUUAAAAAUACACUUUUGCAGAUAGAAACACUGGACAUAGCGUCAGUCUGUGAAGCAAGUGUCCGAAGCGCACCAAAUCCACCAAUUAUCUCAGCAGAUGUCGUUCUCUCGUCAUCUGCUGUUCUCACUGUUGCUGAUCGYAACUCACUUAGCCUGGUUGCACCUGCAACUCCACCACAGGGAAGAAGAUAUGGWAGUCUAGACAGCCUAAAGCUACCAGGUGAUGAGCUGGACUCAUCAGACAGUGGUAGUUUACCAUUCAAACGAAGAGGUUCUGACAGCUCCGGUAGCGCCAGUAGUCUCUCUGCAAAAGGCAAAUUGAGGUCGUAUCGAUCGUUAUCAUCGCUACACUGUGUGGGUACCYUGCGGAAAAGCUUUGCUGAAAGUCCUUUCGACAUCGCUCAUUCACAUUUCUCCAGACUGACGGCAGGAAAGGAGAAUACCUUGUUUAACUUUGUAUCAUUUGAUGCAUUUACUGGAGUAUUAAUGUGUCCUACAUCCAGUGAGACUAUACCUCGAUAUGGUAGUGUACAUACUGAAGUCAUCCAGACUUUCUACAACACCUGUCUUACUAUCCGUAGAAACUUYCUUCCAUUCUAUAAACAGAGAUUAAAAUCUUCGAGCAAUAAAAACAGAGGCAAGUCUUAUUUUGCUAAUCAUAAUCUCGAUGCCGUCAUUGAACAUGGUGUACAGUUCCAGCGAGUUCCAGACACUGGAUCAGAACAGAAGAAAGCUGUACCAGCGUUAAAAUAUUGGGUUAUAGGGCGCCUUUUCCCAGGAGAUCAGCCAAAAGAAUUUUACGUUUGUUAUCACAGUAAAAUACCACAGGAUAUGGUAGAAAUAGCCUUCAAACUUGGAUUUGGUKUAGCAGUGUAAAACAUUCUUUUCCRKGAUUCUUUGUUCCCAAGGAAUCCCAAACUUUCAAAGACAGAGAUUUAGCUMCAUUACCUCAAAAUGACAUCAAUAGAAGUUGUACAAGCAGACGUGAAACCAAUGGGUUGCAUGAAUUUAAUAAAUCCAUGUUGUCAUUUGAAUUAUUAAAAUAGCACGUCUUUACUCACCAUUGCACAUUAAAAUGAUAGCCAUGGAAAACCAUUAUAUACCCGCCGSCCUAGAUGCAUUAUUUGAUGUUAAUAAAAUCAUUUAUAACAUUU